AUGCUUCACAUUAAAGUUGGGGACAAAGAACUUGAAUUGGUAAACGUGAAAACUGGAAAGCCUGAAUCAGAUAUGAGGAAGCAAAAGCCAGAUCAUAACCGACUUGCAUGCGGUGCUAAAGACGCAUUUGAAGACUUUACAUCUAGGAAAAUCAUAAAGCAAUUUGAUUAUAAUGAGUUAGCAAAAUUUUUCAGCAUUAACAUUAAAGAAAAGGCGGAGGAGGAGUUAAAAAAAGAACGAGAAAGGAGGGAGCGGGCGGAAGUAAUAGCAGAGGGAAUUAAAGAGGCAUACAAUAAUCUAUUUAGAGAUUAUGAAAGAUGUAAGGAUGCAUUGGCGGACUGGGAAAGGAGGUUUACAACAGAG